CCGCCCCGGCCUCCGCCAGCGCCCGGCCCGCCCCGCCCGGAAGCCGCCGUGAGGCGCGGCCGCCGCCAUGGCUUCCGCGCGGGCACCGGCGGCGAGAGGCGGAGCGCGGCCCCCGGCACGGCCACCUGCACCGCCCGAGGCCACAAAGAGCAAACCAUCCGAAGAGAGCGAUGCGCCGCCCGCCAAGAGAGCGCCCAUCUUCUAUGGCAGCUUGGAGGAGAAGGAGAGGGAGCGUCUGGCGAAAGGAGAAUCGGGUCUGCUGGGGAAAGAAGGGAUGAAAGCUGCGAUCGAGGCUGGCAACAUUAACAUAAGUAGCGGUGAGGUUUUUGAUCUGGAAGAUCAUAUGAGCGAGCGGCAGGCAGAAGUGUUGGCUGAGUUUGAGCGCAGGAAGAGAGCCCGGCAAAUCAACGUGUCCACCGACGACUCUGAAGUGAAAGCCUGCCUGCGAGCACUCGGGGAGCCCAUCACGCUCUUUGGAGAAGGUCCUGCCGAAAGGAGGGAGAGAUUAAGAAAUAUCCUUUCGGUGGUUGGCACAGAUGCGUUAAAAAAGACUAGAAAAGAUGACGACAGGUCAAAAAAAUCCAAAGAAGAGUAUCAGCAAACCUGGUACCAUGAAGGACCACGCAGUCUGAAAACAGCAAGGCUGUGGCUUGCUAACUACUCACUUCCCAGGGCAGUGAAGCGGCUAGAAGAAGCGCGACUGCUCAAAGAGAUUCCAGAAGCAACCAGGACAUCACAGAGACAGGAGCUGCACAAAUCCCUGCGAUCCUUGAAUAACUUCUGCAGUCAGAUUGGAGAUGAUCGCCCACUGUCCUACUGCCACUUCAGCCCCAAUUCCAAAUUCUUGGCUACUGCCUGUUGGAGCGGACUUUGUAAGCUCUGGUCUGUGCCUGACUGCAACCUUGUUCACACCUUGCGAGGACAUAACACCAAUGUAGGAGCAAUAGUCUUCCACCCCAAAGCCACCGUCUCCCUAGACAAGAAGGACGUUAACCUGGCCUCGUGUGCAGCUGAUGGUUCUGUCAAACUCUGGAGCCUUGAAAGUGAUGAGCCAGUGGCAGAUAUUGAAGGUCACAGCAUGAGAGUGGCACGUGUGAUGUGGCACCCCUCUGGGAGGUUCCUGGGUACUACCUGCUAUGAUCACUCGUGGCGCUUGUGGGACUUGGAAGCUCAGGAAGAGAUUCUCCAUCAGGAGGGACACAGCAAAGGGGUCUAUGACAUUGCCUUUCACACGGAUGGGUCUCUUGCUGGGACUGGUGGACUGGAUGCUUUCGGUCGCGUGUGGGACUUGCGCACGGGACGCUGUAUCAUGUUUCUGGAAGGUCACCUGAAGGAGAUCUACGGACUUAAUUUCUCCCCAAAUGGAUACCAUGUCGCAACUGGCAGUGGUGACAAUACUUGCAAGGUAUGGGACCUCCGCCAGAGGAAGUGCAUCUACACCAUUCCUGCCCAUCAGAACCUGGUGACUGGGGUGAAAUUUGAACCCAAUCAUGGCAACUUCCUGCUGACCGGCGCUUACGAUAACACGGCGAAGAUCUGGACUCACCCUGGCUGGUCCCCUCUGAAGACACUGGCGGGCCAUGAGGGAAAGGUGAUGGGACUGGAUAUCUCCCUUGAUGGUCAGCUGAUAGCGACGUGCUCCUACGACAGAACCUUCAAGUUGUGGACAGCAGAGUAGCUCAGGUGCUGAUGGUCAGCUGGGACGGAGAUGUUAAUGGCUUUGAACUAAGACUUGUUUUUUUUUAUAUUAAAUUAAAAAAAAAAAAAGGCUAUUGUAACAUGCAUUACAA